ACAUCAAAUCAUGUUUAUUAAUCAAAGGCAGAACUUUAUUGCUAGUGGCAUAAACUGAUGUGAAUUGCUAAAAUCUAAGUAGGUUAAGGCUUAAAUUCUUUUCUCUGUUGUUUGAGUUUUGCUGCUAACCUGUAUUAUAAUGUAUAACAUUACAACAUAGUAUUUUUGAUUACUAAAUAGAUAAAUGCAGCUUUUAUCUUUAGACCCGAAUGUUUUGUGUUUUCAAAGUAAAGGUGUGUUCCGGGGAUUAUAUUUUGAAAUUCUCCGGAAGUGGCGAAGCAAUCAGUAGUAGUGAACUCAUUGGUAGUGGAAAAAAAGGGACACACAUUAUUAAUAAUAUUACUAUUAUUGUUUUUCGGUCUUAUAUGUGUGUUUGAUAUUAACAAUUGUUUCUUUAUUUUGAAUGUAAAUUUAAAAAUGUACAAUAAAGUUUAUUGGGGGAAAAAAACUCAUUGGUAGAGUGAACGCAGAGCCGGGGCGGCUAGCCAGCUAGCUGGAAGUGCCUGUGUUUGCUCCUUGAGGAAACGGGACGACUGUCAUGGAUUAUUUACGCCGUAAAUUGUGACAACAGACACCGAGAUGAUGAACGACAUAAUGGAGGAGCCAGAAAAAGACAGCCUGCUGGAGGCGCAGCAGGAACCGCGUCUUUUGCCGGGGUCCAGCAACGCCACAAGACCAAAGACAACAGAUCAUGGAGGCAUCAGACCAGUGGAGAAGAGAGGUCCUUACAUCAUGUCUAAAGUUCCAGCCAUCCACCUCAAACUGCAGAAACACAGAGAAAUGGCGAGGAAAGCGCUGAAGAAGAAAGCUCUUUCAGCCGGACUUACCGUGACGCAUCCGUCGAGGCAAGGAGCGAAGAGGUCUGUGAAGUUUAACAAGGGCUACGCUGCUCUGAGUCAGCACGCUGAAGAAACUCUGGUUGCUCUGGACUCAGACAGUGAAGAAGAGAUCGACUUUGAGCAGUAUUCGUCGGGUUACUCUUCAGCUGAGGUGCAUCCCGAUCUGAGCAAGCAGCUGCUUCAAGACGGCUACCGGCUGGACGAGAUCCCCGACGACGAGGACCUGGACCUGAUCCCGCCUAAGGUCAUCGGCUCGUCCCUGUGCUGCUGCUGCGAGGGCCCCUCCUGCUGCGUACAGUGACCUCCCAGAGGGUUCAGCCGGGUCCGGUCGCUGCCUUCCGGAGAAAUCUGCCGCACGCUGCCUGAGGACUUCCUGCUCCGGACUCGGACUCAGGCUGUCUCUACCGCUGCAGGAAUUUCAGAGGAAGCCUUAUUCACUGUGACUAUAAAAACCCCCCAACCAGAUCGAUGGGUUGAUCCGGUUUAACAGGAAAUGAUUGAAAAUAAGACUUCCUUAAAGCGACGGAGGUCAGUCAAAGUCUGACUCUCUGAACAUCAUUCCUUCAUGUCGUCGUUCUGUGGUGUUUCUGCUCAGUCGUUGUUCACCUAUAAUUGUAAAAUGAGUCGCCGGGAGACGGAGAAAGCCGGACUGAACCCCGGCUGGAUCGUUUUCCUGCCGACGGUUCAUCCUGGUUUCAUAAAAGCUCUUUUUGGGGCAUCGAAACACUCAUAUCGCCCCAAAUGUCAGCUAUACGCCCUGAAUGUAAACAGAUUACUAACUCGCUUUGAUCAAUAAUAUAAUACCAGAAACUCUAAUCUGAGGAUUCCAAACCGAAACCUUUUUUUUUUUCAUUUUAAGACGAUUGGAAAUACGAAGCUUUAUUUGUCAUUUUUAAUCUGUGUAAUAAGUGAGUAAUGGAUAAAUAUUCCUCUUUUAUUGUGGCAGUGAUGUAGCAUUUGGCUUCUCUCCUCAGAAGAAUGAGUCCUCGCUGAAACCGGGUCACAGUAUUUGUGUGUUUAUCUUAAUAUUAUCAUCAGAACACUAAAGUUACGUAUUUUAAGUUUCAAUUUGUCUUGUUGUUCGUUUUCGGUUUAUGUUACAGUGUGUGUUUUUUUUGUACACAUCAAAAUCAGAAGAAAAACAUUUUUGUGAGAAAUUUUUUGACUGGGUUUUAUUAUAUUUGUGAGUUUAUUUUCAAAAAGGUGUAAAUACAAACUUAAAAGCAUCCAGUUUGAUGCAUGAUUGAACAAUUGCAGAAAAACUUGCCUUUUUUAUUUUUAAGACGUUUAGAGAUAAAAAAAAAAGAAAAAGAGCCUGAAUUUGCACAAUUCUUUGGGUUUCCAUCUGCAUUUAAAUGAAAUGAGGCACCACAAAGCAGAAUCCGGAGAGUAUUUUAUUCCAGGAUGAGGCCGCAGCUCUGCAUUUCUCUGCUACAUGAGGCUUUGGACUCCGUGAUGUUCUCGCUCUUCCUGUUUGUGUUCUCCUGUGACACUGAAAUGUGUUUGAAGGCUACGUUUUGACUCGCAAACUUUGCACUUCGGUGGUCGGGAGCACUCGACACACCUGCGCUAUGCAACUGUUGGGACAAUCUGCUGCUGGUUGUCUGGUUGUGAAGUGCUGACGGGAAGAACAGUUUUCUAUUCGACCUUUGUUUUUAUUUAACCGACACCUUUACUUGGGUUUCAGUUUAGAAUAAAGCUCUAAAAAAAUUG